AUGCGCGUAUUUGUGAUACUUUGCUUUGUGGCUGUGGCCUGUGCCGAUCAAUUGGGUUACAAUUAUCAACCUGUUGGUCAUGGCUCUGACAGCCUACCAAGUUAUGCAGCACCACAAGGUGGAGCCGAUUAUGCUGCUGGAUCUCAAGGCGUUCCUAGCUAUGCUGGUCCUCAAGGUGAUUUGGGUCAAGCUUCCCAUAAUGAUGCCGCUUACGCUCCUCAAGCUGAACUCGACAAGGAAUUCUUCACCUACAGUGCCAACGAAGAUGACUUCAAUGAUCCCGCUGCCUCCAACCAAUUGGCCAACUCUGUGAAACAAGGUCUUCGUGUUGUUUUCAUUAAGGGCCCCGAAAACAAGGGACUUGAAGAUGCUGCCCUCGCCUUGGCCAAACAAGCUGCUGAUCAAAAGACCGCCAUCUAUGUGCUUAACAAACAAGCCGAUCUCGGUAACUUGGCUGACAAAUUGAACAACCUCAACAAGAACAGCAACAACAAACCCGAAGUACACUUUGUCAAGUACCGCACUCCCGAAGAUGCUGCUAACGCUCAAAAGGCCAUUCAAGGUCAAUACGAUUCAUUGGGAGGUCCUUCUCAAUCUCAUAAUGGUGGUGUAGCUCCUGUUUUGAACUUUGCUUCCCAAGCUCCUGUUUCCAACCAUGGUGCUGCUUCCUCACCAUCUUCAUCAUACAUUCCUCCUGCAUCUGGUUCUAUUGCAUCUGGUCCAAGUGCUUCUUACCUUCCAGCUUCCAUUUUCCGCCGUUCCCGUUUGUAA